AUCGUGCCGCGAUGCAAGAACCAGCUCAUGACUAAGGGCCCCGUAUGGGUUCGAAACUAGUCGGGCAUACUCCGACGUAAUAUCACACAUGGCGUCUAACAAGAACCAGAAGAUUAGUAUGGCAGCAAGCGCCAUCGCCAUGCGCGGAGUCCGUCUGUUCCUCACCGCCGGUCGCCGCGGGCCCGCAGGCGCUCCGGAAGACGCCAGGCGCAUCUCUCCCCACCGGCCCAGACGGACUAAGCCUAUCAUCCCUGUGAAUAAACUGCAGAUGAGCGUCGUUGAAAUUUUGCUGAAGAGUACCAGGUUUACCAAGAGUGAGCUGGAAGCGCUAUUCGUGAUGUACCGAAGGUUGGUGACCGCUGGGCAGGCGGCCGCGCCGGCCACUGUCAUUGGGCAGCCAGUCCCCAAGGUUGACGGCAUCGACCAGAAUACAUUUCGUGAUGUGAUGCACAACACCUUCGACCUGGUAACCGAGGAUGUGAUCCUGGACCGCGUUUGGCUCACGUGGGAGCGCGGCGCUAACGGCGGGGAAGGCGCCCUCAAGUUCGAGGCGUGGGCCAGGGGACUGAGCAAACUCCUGCGAGGGAGCGACGAAGAGCGACGCGCGCACUGUUUCGCGGUCUAUGAUCUGAAUGCAGAUGGCUACAUCACUAGGGAUGAGAUGUUUACACUUCUCAAGAACUCUUUGUUGAAGCAGCCAGGGGAUGAAGACCCGGACGAAGGAGUCAGGGAUCUGGUCGAGCUGGUUCUUAAGAAAAUGGACGUCGACAAAGACGGAAAAGUUUCUGUCGAAGACUACAAGGAAGCAGUUGAACAAGAACCCCUACUUUUAGAGGCAUUCGGACAAUGCUUACCAUCAAAACGUCAAGCUGCUACGUUUCUCAAGAAUUUAACUACGAAACAGUAAUUAAUGAAACUGGAUGUUCUACAAAAGAAAAGAGUCCUGACUAUCGGUAAAACAGUUUUAACGGGCGUCUUGUCAAAGUCAGUCCUCUGGAGCGACCACUCCAGUUGUCCUAUAGCUCUGCAGAAUACUGUUAGACUUGGACAUAAGGUACAACUCGGUACUAUCGGUGCCUUAGGGUUACGUCUUUGGGUCAAGAGCUAAGUUUACUAAAAAUCUAUAAAAUAUAGUUAAAAAAAUAAGUUUACCAUAGAAUAGUGUAAUAGAAAUAUUUUAGGCACAUGUAAUGUUAAUGUGGCAAGUUAAUGUUAAGA